CCCUCGCUGCCACUCGAUUAAAAAAUUCGAGCGUGCGUGUUUUGCUGAAGAGUGCGAACUUGUGUGUGUGUUAUUUCACGUAUACAAAGUGUUUAGCUUUUCAAUAAAAAAAUGAUAAUUUGAGAAAUAUAACAAUUUAAGUAAAACAAUAACCAUUUACAUAUCCUAAAUCUGUAAAGUAUGAUUUUUCUGCGCUCCACGUAAAUCUAACAAUGAUAAAAUUCUAUGCAAGAUCGCAAGUGGAAGAGAAAGUAUCUCACAAUAGUAAAUAACGGGUCGAUAUGAAUAUGUCUGUCAGCGAUUUAUCAGUAGGAUGUCGAUUUGCAGACUAUUUUGCCAUAUGUGGUUUAGAUUUUGAUUCAGGCUUAGAGACAGACAGACUUUCAGGUGAUAACUUACAUAUAUCUCCAUUGGACCGUUCCUAUAAAGGAAAAGUACUUGCACACUAUCCUGAUAAUCUCCAUAACAAUGCCUUUGAUGAGCAUGCUGUAUGUAUGCUCUGCUUGCCAACUGGACUCCAAUUUCGCACUCAGAAGCACUCACUAGAACCAAAGUUUCACAGUUUUGUAGUUACUCGAGAAAAUGCAUCAAGAUAUUAUGGCUGCAGCCUCAUAUUUUAUGAAGAAGUUAGAAAUCGUAAUAUAUGUAGUGCCAUGCAUACAUUGCAGGCUAUGUACAUUACAGAGUUAUCGAGUGGUCAAACGCCACCAGGGCAUAGAAAGAACUCAGGCAAGGAAAGCUCAAGAUCACUGCCAAGAUCAUUUAAACUAUCACCUCAUACAGGAUCUGCUUUAACAUAUUAUGAUAUAACCAAAGACAAACUUUAUGUAGCCAAAUGUAUAGCACUCAUAUGCCAAUACCCGUUUAUUCGGGUAGCACAGUUAUUUUUAGAGAAUUUAUUUAGGUCAUUGCCUCGUCAACCAGGGCCAGGUCUUAGCCCUGAAUCAUAUGUAUAUAAUUUAUUAUAUGAAGUGCCAGUACCUUUGCCGGGACAAGCCUUAAGGCUGUAUGUCCCUCCACCAGAGCCACACCUGGAUCCUAUACCAGUUGUGAUAAGAAUGCCAAAUCCACCAGAAGAACUACCCCUUCUUGAUUACCCACUGCGCAUAAUGUUUAAUAUUCUGGGUGUUGAAUGUAUUGUCCAAUUGUUUACCUGUGUUUUAUUGGAGCAUCAAGUUUUACUUAGGUCUACUGAUUAUAACAAGCUUAUGCUAGUAGCGGAAUGCAUUGUGUCAUUGUUGUUGCCAUUUACGUGGGCUCACGUAUACGUACCAAUACUGCCAGCGCCACUUUACCAUUUUCUCGAUGCGCCGGUUCCAUUCGUUAUGGGACUACACUCUGAUGGUACAACAAUAGUAGGAUCAAAUGGUCUUAGGAACAUAGCUCUAAGCUCUGAAGCGGCUCUCUGUUUAGUCGAUAUCGAUAAACCCGAUAUUCAGUUACCCGAAGAACUGCCAAUAUUUCCUCAUAGAACGCCUUUUAUUGAAGAACUCAAUCAUGUAUUGGAUAAACACCAGAUACAAAGACCAGAAACAGAGCCAACGAAGCUUGGAGUACCAUUGAAUGGGACAUCGUACAAACAUAUGAAUGACGGGAUGAGUAGCAGCUGUACUUUACCCUCAGGCGGUCUUCGUCGCAAACACUCAUUCCACGAUGUGUUAGAGUGGGAUGAAAGUAGGCCGCUAAACGCGUCGCCGCCCAGUUCCCCUACGAGACGUCAUCCGAGGAGAUUAGACGCCUUGCAACGGAUCGUUGAUAUUGUUAAGCGAACUGGUGUCAAUAUAGACGAUGUUGAUUCAGAGACAGUGAUGCCAACGACCAAGAAAAUAAUACUCAACGAUGAAGAUCAAUACAAUGAAGAUAUUCGUUUUAAUAUAGGUAUACGAGAAACGUUCCUGAAUCGGUUCGUUCAUAUGUUCCUAAUGUAUGAAAACUUCGUUAUUAUGCCUGAUCAGGAUCGGGAUUCGUGGCUGUCAUCCCGCGAGUCUAUGGUGAAUUUUGAUAAAGCAUCAUUUUUGUCUGACCAACCCCAAAGGCAUAGACCAUUCCUUUCACGUUUUUUGGAAACUCAGAUGUUUGCGACCUUAAUCGACAACAAAAUUAUGGCGAAUUGGGGCGAAUUUGAUGCGAAUCUCCAAGUAUUUGAGCACAGGAUUAAAAUUGUUAGACGUCGUCUGGGUGAAGGGGGACUAGCUACACGCGGUUACAGCGUGUGGGCCGGCGCUGCCUCCGCUAAUAGUGUGUGGAGCCCCGCUGAAUUGGAAGUUGGGGCCCCGGGGGAAAGGCUUCCGCAUCGAGCUGCGUACUAUCGAGCGUUUCCUGCCCGUUUAGACGCGAACGCACUCGCACCCCCGCCAACGUCCGAUCGAAGAACAAAUAGUUUGAAGAGAAUCAAAAAUGCCAAAUGGCAGGUUAAAGAUUGCCCCCCAGAGUUGCUACUCGGUGAUAUUGGAAGGCGUCUGUCGACUGAUGUUACACCCGCGGCAAUUGCACAAAAUAAUAGGACCUUUGUUGAGAAACUUCUUAAGGAGUGCAAGAGUAAAACAAAACGAAUGCUCCUAGAGAAGAUGGGUACAGAAGAGAGUGACUUAGGCUUAGGUUCGGAAGUAUCAAUUACAGGAAUAGAAGAAAGCACAAUGAUAGCGUCAUUGUGUGAUUUAUUGGAACGACUCUGGUCUCAUGGACUCCAGCAUAAGAUGGGGAAGUCAGCUCUGUGGAUGCAUUUAAUGAAUUACCAAGAGUUGGAGCAGUGUAGUAAUAAUUCAAAGGCAAUUGAUCCUAAUUAUUUGACGCCAGCUUUGGCUUGGUGUGUUUUACGAAAACGAUUGGAUUACCUAUCAUCAGUGGGUGCUGAAGUAGAAGCCCAGCAGUGCACAAGCACAAAUCGAUCCAGGGACAGCUCUCGAGGUGGAUCCCGAGAUAGCUCUCGAGACAGAUUGAGUAACUCCAGCACAUUGGAACGGAGGUCGUCCCAGCCUCAUAAUCCUUUACGAGCGUUGCCUGAAAAUCUCACUUUUGACAUGAGAAAUGUACAAGCCAUGACAGAUAUAAAAACCGAAAUAGGUUACGCCCGUGCGUGGGUGAGACUGUCGCUAGAAAAGAAGCUGUUAUCAAAACAUCUAAGAGAACUUCUCUCUGACACAACAUUACUGAGGUCCCAGUACAAAAGGACUGCGUUCUUGCGAUGCGAAGAGGAGAGAGAACAAUUUCUAUAUCACUUGUUAACGUUGAAUGCUGUUGACUAUCACUGUUUUACGAAUACGUAUCCAACUACAAAGUUACCAUAUAGGGUACUCAUAGUGCCGUCGCGUAAGGCAAGUCAAACGACUGCCAACUGCUGGCUGUCCAUAUCUGGGGCUAAUGGAGAAUCGACACCAAAGAUACCGAUUCCACGAAACACUAACGAAUUUGUUUUUCAUCAUAAGAAUCUCGGAAUCCUUUCCACGUUACGAAUUGGUCACGACAACUCGGGCUUGUCGCCACGGUGGUUACUGGAUCAUAUAUAUGGGAGAAACGAAGUCACUGGUCAUACAUAUUUAUUCCCAUGCAACAGAUGGCUAGGGACAGGCGUAGAUGACGGGUCUACUGAAAGGGUGCUUGUAGCAGCCAGAUCUCGGCAACGUCAGUCCAGGCAAAGUGAACAGGCGCAAGCGGCUCUUUCCCCUACUACAACGCAUUUAUCAACCUCUACUAUACAGCAUAUGAUUGGUGAUUGCGUUAAUGCGAUAGUUAAAUGGCAUUAUCAAACAAAGCGGGAGAAAGACGCCAACUCACUCAGCGUGUUAUUGUGUGGCGAGAAUGGCUUGGUUAAAUGUUUGGAGCAAGCGUUUCUGUGUGGUUUCAAAUCUGCAAGACUGUUUGGGAAGAAUCUCUUUAUUUGGGACUAUUUUAUGAGAGUGAAAGACGAAUUCAAGAUGAGCUUGUGUGAUGAGGGGAAUUUGCAAGGGAACAAGAGUUGUGGCGUUGCAUACAAUUGCCGGCAGGACCAAGAGCACAGAGCUAUAUGGAGGUGUUAUUGCCACUUAAUGGACGAGAUCAAUUCGGUUGGAAGGACUCUGGGAAAAGAUGGAAAGUUCCAGUUAUUUGUUUGUCUUAGCUUGCGUGAACAUUGGCUUCAUAGAAUGCUUGUACCGAUGUCAAUGACCCGCGUGACCACAGAAAUGUAUGAAGAACAAAGCUUCCUUCGUAAGCGUGGUUUACUUACGUUUUUGAGGCAAAUAUUGGAACCGCUCGAUGAAUUUGAUAUUGUUCUAGAAAACUCGUUAACUCAAGGUAUUUAAGUUUAAGCGAACCUGUUAUUUCCAGUGAAAUUCGAUGUCAGAUUUAGAAGAUUGCUUUAAUUGUAGUAAGAGAUGGAAAAUUUCUAACGUUAAGUGAUAGCUCUUAGAUGCGCGUGGCGCUAGCUCAAAAUCGCUGCGGUACAAAUAAAACUUGACAAAUGACAUGGCACUGACAUCUGACAUUUGAUGUUUGUUCACAGACUGUCGGUAACAUAGAAUUGUCAAAACUAUGUUACCGACAGUCUGUAUACGAAUAGUUUGCAUUAUUACUUGAAAACGAUGUGAAAUUUUAAAUUACAAAAAUGAAUUGUCAAACUGACAUGUCAUCUGUCAAGUAUUAAGAGUUGAUCCACCAGCGCAUUUAAGUUAGCGCAAUUGCGCAAGGCAGCCAGAUAUAAUUGCAAUAGGGAUUUUUUAUUAAAUUGUUUAAUAUUUUUCGUUCUGGAAUCUGUUUUUAGUGCUUUAGUCAUAUAAGAGUAUGAUACAUGCGUUAUACUUUAUGCAUUUUUACUAAUUACUUUUUUUUUUUUUUUUUAUAAAUUUUAUUGUGACUUUUUUUAUUUGUGAGUGAUAAAGACAAAACAUUGUACUAUUUCAGGCGUAUUCUUAGCUUAGUUUUAGACAGAAAUUAUGGUAAUUAAACUUUCUCGACGUUGUUUACCUCAAAAUUUAGAAAUUUUAAGAGAAAUAUGUCCGACUUUACAUAUUAUUUAUAUUUUAAUUAAUAGUAGAUUAAAUGUCUAA